UCCAGCCCAGCUGGCACCUGGAGGCCAUGGCAGAGAUGCUUACUCUGAUGGGAGGCCCUGUGCUGCUGUGGACGGCUCUGCUGUUCUUCGCUCCAGAAAACAUCCUGUCAGCAGCCAGCAUGCUGAGCUGUGGUUGCACAUGACGGACAUCAUCUCUGCCUGGGGACUGCGAUCCUCAUUUACAGACCCUAGGAAAUCUGUGGUGUCCUUGAGUCCCCCAUGGAAUAGAAUAUUUAGAGAAGAGAAUGUGAGCCUUAAAUGUAUUGUGAACAAUUCCAUUGAAGACAGCCCCACCCAGUGGACCCACAACGGCAUUUUUUUGUCAAAGACUUCAGUUCUGGACAUCGUGAACGCCCAAGUCAGCAACAGUGGGGAAUACAGAUGUCAGAACAGAGAGUUUAUGUGGAGCGACCCUGUGUCCUUACAAAUCUUCAGUGACUGGCUGCUCCUCCAGGCCUCUGCUGAGGUGGUGAUGGAGGGUGAGCCGCUCUUCAUCAGGUGCCACAGCUGGAAGAAUCGGACCACCAAAAAGGUGACGUACUACAGGAACGGCGAGGCCCUCAAGUACUGGUAUGAGAACCAUGACAUCUACAUUGCCAACGCCACAGCGAACGACAACGGCAUCUAUUACUGCACCGGCUUCGUUUGGCGAAUAAACUAUACAUCUAUUCCCCUCAAAAUUACUGUUAUGAAAGCUUCUCCGUUUGACCAAAGCAAGUACUACUGGACACAAUUACUUAUCCCAUUUUUGGUGAUGAUUCUGUUUGCUGUGGACACAGGGCUGUUAAUCUCAACCCAGAAGCAAUUCGCAUUGCUCAUGAAGAAUAAGAAGACCAGGAACAGCGGCAAACUUAUAGAAAUACAGCCUGAGUCAGACCCCUAAAAGAGUUGGUGUCACUCAAGAAAGAUGUGCAAUAACAAUUUCCUUCGGGUACCAGCAAGUGCUUCUCAAUUGUCAAACAGCUCACAAUAGAAAGUACAUAGAAAGGUUUGUGCUCCAGGCUUUACAGAACUGUUUCAUUGAACCAACUGACACUGGUUAAAUGGCAUGUAAUAGUAGUGCUCAAUAAACAUCCGUUAAAUAAAUCUGAAAA